AUGUUUAUCCCUAAUAUUUCCGUCCUUCUCCUGGCGACUUUGGGGGUUCUUUCGAUGGCAAAUGCAUAUACAUUAUCGAAUGUUCACGCUCGAGCACUUCUUGAUAGAAGACAGAACAAUCAAAAUAAUAACAGGCAGAAUAAUCAGAACAACCAAAAUAAUCAGAAUAACCAGAACAACCAGAAUAACAAUAACAAUAACAACAAUAACAACAACGCAGGGAACCUUGCCCUCAACCCAGCAAACGUGCAGUCAAAUUCCGCUUUAACUGGUCAAGAAGCUGGUGACGAUCCGGCUCAAGCCGACUCCGCUACCGAUAAAGCAAACUUCAUAAAUUUCUGCACUGGAAAAACUCUCACCAAUGGUCUUCAGGUUCAAGGUGGCUCUUGCAAUGGAAUCGUAAUGGGUGAUAUUCCGUCGACCCAGAAUAUGGUAUCGUCAAUCAUCACAUCCCCUACACCAGGUCAAGAUAUUGCCGCAAAUACGGCAUUCACGAUACAAGUCCAAGUCGCAAAUCUGCAGGCCGGAUCGUUCACAAACCCCGCAAACACAUAUUAUGCAGCACCUCAAGCACUCCAGGGUGGGAAGAUUGUGGGACAUACACAUGUCACUGUUCAAGACCUGGGUGGCAGUCUCACACCUAACAAUGCCCCUGACGCAGGAAAAUUUGAAUUCUUCAAGGGUAUCAACGAUGCCGGAAAUGGGAAUGGGCUAUUAUCUGCAGAAGUGACGGGCGGCCUUCCGGCAGGCUUCUAUCGGGUCUGCACUAUGUCGAGUGCUUCUAACCAUCAACCUGUUCUUAUGCCGAUCGCCCAGCGUGGUGCUCAAGACGAUUGUACAAAGUUUACCGUCGGCCAGGGUAAUGCAAACAAUGGCAACAAUAACAAUAACGCCAAUAACGGUGCGAACAACAAUAACAAUGCAAACGCUGGUAACCAGGGGCAGAACCAAGGUCAGAACCAGGGACAGAACCAGGGACAGAACCAAUAG